CUGCGGGAGAACGCAGCCCGGCAAGCCCGGGCCCUGAGCCUGGACCCUCUGCAGAGCCUGGCAGCACCAACUCGCCUCGCGGGACGUCUCCUCCUCCUACACUCUCAGCCUCUGCUGGAGAGACCCCCAGCCCCACCAUUCAGCGCACAAGAUAUCCUCCAGAUAUGCCCUGCGUGCAAGCCCAGUAUAGCCCUUCGCCUCCAGGCUACAGUUAUGCAGUGCAGACCUAUGGCUCGGAAUACACCGCGGAAAUCAUGAACCCUGACUACGACAAGCUGACCAUGAACCUCAGCAGCACGGAGAUCACGGCCACGGCCACGACGUCCUUGCCCAGCUUCAGUACUUUCAUGGAGGGAAGCAGCUAUGAACUCAAACCCUCCUGCCUGUACCAAAUGCAGCCGUCGGGGCCGAGGUCUUUGAUCAAGAUGGAGGAGGGCCGCGCGCACGGGUACCACCAUCACCAUCACCACCAUCACCACCACCACCACCAUCACCAGCAACAGCAGCCACAGCCACAGCAGCAGCAGCCGCAGCCAUCCAUCCCUCCUCCUCCGUCUGGUCCAGAGGACGAAGUACUGCCCAGCACCUCCAUGUACUUCAAGCAGUCCCCGCCGUCCACCCCCACCACGCAGGGCUUCCCCCCGCAGGCCGGCGCGCUGUGGGACGACACGCUGCCCUCUGCUCCCGGCUGCCUUGCUCCGGGCCCGCUGCUGGAUCCGCAGAUGAAGGCGGUGCCCUCGGUGGCCGGUGCGCGCUUCCCGCUCUUCCAUUUCAAGCCCUCGUCGCCCCACCCGCCGGCGCACAGCCCCGCCGCCGCCGCCGCCGGCGGCCACCACCUGGGUUACGACCCGACGGCCGCCGCCGCGCUCAGCCUGCCGCUGGGAGCCGCGGCCGCCGCGGCCGCCGCCGCGGGCAGCCAGGCCGCUGCGCUCGAGGGCCACCCGUACGGGCUGCCGCUGGCCAAGAGGCCGGCCACGCUGGCCUUCUCCCCGCUGGGCCUCACGACGUCCCCCACGGCGUCCAGCCUGCUGGGAGAGAGCCCCAGUUUGCCAUCGCCGCCCAACAGGAGCUCGUCGUCCGGGGAGGGCACGUGCGCCGUGUGCGGGGACAACGCCGCCUGCCAGCAUUAUGGGGUGCGCACCUGCGAGGGCUGCAAGGGCUUCUUUAAGAGAACGGUGCAGAAAAAUGCAAAAUAUGUUUGCCUGGCAAAUAAAAACUGCCCAGUAGACAAGAGACGUCGAAACCGAUGUCAGUAUUGUCGAUUUCAGAAGUGUCUCAGUGUUGGGAUGGUUAAAGAAGUUGUUCGUACAGAUAGUCUGAAAGGGAGAAGAGGUCGGCUGCCUUCCAAACCAAAGAGCCCACUACAGCAGGAACCUUCUCAGCCCUCUCCGCCUUCUCCUCCUAUCUGUAUGAUGAAUGCCCUCGUGCGAGCUUUAACAGACUCCACACCCAGAGACCUUGAUUAUUCCAGAUACUGCCCCACUGACCAGGCUUCUACAGGCACGGAUGCUGAACAUGUACAACAAUUUUACAACCUGCUGACAGCCUCCAUUGAUGUAUCCAGAAGCUGGGCAGAGAAGAUUCCAGGAUUUACUGAUCUCCCCAAGGAAGAUCAGACAUUACUUAUAGAAUCAGCCUUUUUGGAGCUGUUCGUUCUUAGACUUUCCAUCAGGUCAAACACUGCUGAAGAUAAGUUUGUGUUCUGCAAUGGACUUGUCCUCCAUCGACUUCAGUGCCUUCGUGGAUUUGGGGAGUGGCUCGACUCCAUUAAAGACUUUUCCUUAAAUUUGCAGAGCCUGAACCUUGAUAUCCAAGCCUUAGCCUGCCUGUCUGCGCUGAGCAUGAUCACAGAACGACAUGGGUUAAAAGAACCAAAGAGAGUGGAGGAGCUAUGCAACAAGAUCACAAGCAGCUUAAAAGACCACCAGAGUAAAGGACAGGCUCUGGAGCCCACCGAGCCCAAGGUUCUGCGUGUGCUGGUAGAACUGAGGAAGAUCUGCACCCAGGGCCUUCAGCGCAUCUUCUACCUGAAGCUGGAGGAUCUGGUGUCUCCGCCUUCCGUCAUUGACAAGCUCUUCCUGGAUACCCUACCUUUCUAAGUGGGAAACCACUUCUUUGCAGGCACCUGGGUUAAUCAAUCAAGGGAUGGGUCUGGACACCAACUACUUUCUAUCCUUUGUUCAGAGGAAACGCAGUUCCUGUAGAAAGCAAAGACUUUUUUUUUUUUUUGGUCCUUUCUGGCACCUUUUCUUUACAACCUAAAGCCAGAAAACUUUCAGAGUAUCGUGUUGGGAUUGUGUUUUAUAUUUAGCCUUUGGGAGGGCGGGGUGGUAAGGGGGUAUAAUUCAUGAAGGUUUUCUAAGAAAUUGCUAACA